AUGCUCGUGUGGUACGAACACGAAAUGCUCCCCGAGGAGCUACGCGUGCGCUAUGAGGCACGCAUGCCCUUCAUACCCAUCCGGGAGCUUUUUCAUCCGCCGCUGCAGCCCUUCAAGUCCCGGCCCCGCUUAGCGCCGCCCAAGGUCCCACAGCGGGUGGAGACGAAGCCUCCGACUUGGCACUACCUGGACACGAAGGGUCAGCUGCAGGGUCCCUUUUCGUCACAGCAGAUGGCGCUCUGGCACGACCACGACAUGUUGCCAAAGACCCUUCGACUUCGUCGCGGUACCGAUACCGAGUUCUUCACGAUUCCUGAGUUCUUCCCUGCUCCUUUGACGCCGUUCAAGUCGCUGCCAGUGGUGCCAGCUGCGAAGGAGGCACCCCCAGCAGCGGUUAGGCAAGUGCCCCAGCAGCCGAAGGCAGAUCUCAGCCAUCUGGGCCCUUUGGCAUCGCUUUUCGCAAACGCCACAGCUGCUGCACAUGCCAGUGCGCAACAGGCACUCGCAGCUGGCAAGAAGGGAGAGAAGGGGAAGGGCAAACACGCUGCGGAGGAAGGUGAGCAGGCCCAGUCCAAGAAAGGGCGGGGCAAAGCAAAGGAGAAAGCAGCACAGGAGGCCGAAAACGGUUGGGUUUGGUCCGCCGAGCAUGGUUGGAGCAACGACAAGUGGUGGGAUUGGUCCUGGAACGGCUGGUCCGAGAAUGGCGAGAGCUGGGAGAACGGCAAGCAAGCAGGUGAUUGGAGUGGAGACGGCGCACCUCACAAGGAGAAAGGGGAUAAGGUCACUGCAGUCCAGGCGGCCUUUGGAAGCCUGAAGUGGGGUCCGCCCUUCCAGGACGACGACCUUUUCCCGGAGGAGCCGAUUCGCCGCGUUCUGGAUGAGGGCAUUGUGUGGGAGGAGCGCUGGAUCUCCCCCCUUGCCGUGCGCUUCUCCCAGGGAAAGAUCCAUCCCUUCUUCCACGAGCGCGGGCCGAUCUCCGAGGUCAUGCUGCAGAUCAAGCUGAAAACAGAGGAGGGAAAGAGAAGUAAGCGCAUCGAGCCGCCCUUCCCUCCCGUGCGCCUCCUGCACCUUAAGGAGCAGGGCGUCCUCGUUACUCUGGACAACCGACGGCUCUACGCGCUGCAGCGUUUCGCGCUCCAGGAGUGGCCGACUCCGUGCCUUGUGCGGGCGCUCUGCGUCGACGAGCUCACGCCCACAAGGCUGCGUGCAGAGAACCGAAAGUUCACAAACCGCCUCUGUGGGCUUCAGCUGGAGGUGGAGAGCCGGAGCAACGCCUUCGACACUUUUAGCUGGGUCACGGAGGCGGCCCAGACGGAGGUGCCACGCUUCUGCCGCCCGGUGGCCCUUCGCGCCUACGACCGCGCGGUGUCUUUGUUGCCAGUGCUGGUGGUCCACGCGCUCCUUUGUCAAAAGCUGCGGCCAUACCUUCGCUCCAGGUGGCCUCUGCUACGAUUCUUGGCGGUGGCGCUGCCUUCACCACAGAAGCGAGAGUUUGCGAGCAAGAGAGUUCUGCUGCAGCACAUCUUGGAGCUGUCUAAGCCGACUGGCGAGGUGCUAACAUGCCCACGCGUUUGUGUCGGUUACAAGGCUGAGACGGUUGUGGCAUUGGGCAAGGGCCGAAGCUGCGUCUCGUCGAAGCUGUCCGUCGAGCGGCCGCUCUCCUUGCUGCAGGCUCCUGGCCCGCUCUCCAGGAUCCAGCGCCGUGUGCUCUGGGCGCUGCUGCCCAUGAGCUGCCUACCUUACGUGCGCAGCUCCCUGAAGGGUGCGGCGCAGGACUGGAUCGUCGGCUUCCUCCUGGCCUGGGGCAAGGUUGCAGCCUUUACCCUGCAGCUUGCGCCGCUUCCAUGA